AAAACUAUCGCGGAAGCUGUGCUGAUAAAAAGUGUUUGCUGCAAAGCAAUGAAAUAAUUAUGUGUUGCUCAAUAUGUCGAACAGGUUUCCCAAAGCGCAACAACAAACAGCAAACGAUGGAAGUAAUAGCAGGGUGCAGAAAAUCACGGAAAAGUUCGAAACGCUCAUAACAUCUCAACAGCAGCAGCAAAAGCAACAGGUGUAUACAUCGUCUCCUCCUCCGAAUUUGUCUGCCGCCCAACAGCAACAUCAGCAGCGACAAUCCGUCCACAAUUGGCCAACGAAUGUAACAGGUUCGACGUGCGAUAACCAGCAGCUUGUCGAUGAACUAGCAUCGUUGCGAGAUUUAGAGGCAAGGCGAGGCAUCAAGCGGUCACAAGCAUUUCGCAGAAGCACUUCACAGACGAGUUCGAUGAACGGUGGCAAUGUGUCACGCGCAUCGAACGUGCAGUUGUUACACUCUGAAAGCAUACGUGAAGCAUUAAACAAACCUUUGCCGGAUGGGCCUCCGCCCGAAAAACCGCCACGAACUUGGGGACGCGGUGUAGAUGAUGCCCGGGGUACGCUGGACGGUGUUCGGACGGCAGACUCGCAGCAAUAUGAAGACGUGAAUAUGCUGAUCGAAGUGGCAUUUCAGGAACCGGGCAAGAAUCUUCAUGAUUCACCCUCCCGGGAACAAAUUUCCUUGAAGCAGCCAGUGAGUGAAGAACAUCGCAAGCGGCUACGUAGAUUGUCCCGAUGUGCCGAACUGAACCAUUACACACAGCAGUAUGGUACGAUCCGUUUGUAUGAUGCGGUGGAUAAAGGAGGCACACCCGUUGCUGCGGAAUGCAAAUCGGCCGAUACCAAAGGAUUGAUCGAACACUACAAUAAGUUAAGCACUGUCGAAAAAGUUACAACACCCGCACCUCCCGAAACACUGUACGAAUAUUGCAUAGUGGUUGGGUACGAUAUGAUGCAAAACAAGCCGUACGUUAAGAGCCGGUAUCCGCGGCAAAAGCAGCCACAUAAAAUGAUCGAAGUGUUUGUGUAUCCCGAUAAUGGCGCACUGGUGAGGAACCGUAAUCAGGAGUACUGUAUCAUACUUACCGACUAUCCGCUACGAUUGUACGGCUUCUGCAGACGGGUGCUGCCAGAGUCGUCAGAGUUCUGCAUUCCACUCACGUAUUGCCUUGUAACGAAGUACAACGAGCCAAAAGUAUUUUAUAAACUGCUUGAAUGCAUCGAAAGCCAGCACGGAAAUGGUCGCGUGCCGGAACUACUGAUGGAACAGUUUUACGAGCAGAAACUCCCCGUGGCCGGCGAACGGUUGGCACUUACGCUGCCCGUUAGCUUUGAGAGGCGGGCCACGCUUCGGGAGGAAGCGUCACUGCCGAUCACCAUGACAAUAAACCGUCCCAAAGAUUUACGCUUAGAGAAAACGGAACUGUAUGAUAUUUUCAAGUGCCUCGGAUCGGACGGACUGAUCCACGUGUUCGAAAGCUUGCUCCUCGAGAAGAUGGUGAUAUUGUUCAGCGAACAUUUGUCGCUGCUGACGUCUUGUGUGCAAGGUUUACUAUUAAUACUCUACCCAUUCCAAUGGCAGCAUAUACUGGUAACGGUCAUUCCCGAACAUCUGCAGCAAAUGCUCGAAGCACCCGUGCCCAUGCUUGCCGGUACGCUGCAACCCGUACCGGAAGAACUGUGGCAAAGUGGUAAUACGUGCUACGUCAACCUGGACAAGCGCACCGUUCGUCCAGCAAGAAAGGAACAAUUUUCCAUCCUACCGAGCGAAUUAAAGAAACCGCUACGGGUUUCGUUAGAUCUGGUGAAAAUAUUCGAAGAUUCGAAAGGAUUGGCGAGUGUGCUGAUAGGCGGAGCAUUUGUUCGGUUUUUUGUUGAACUAUUUUCAACCCUGGAUCCUCCUACAUACGAGAAAACUUCAUUUCUGGAGCAGUUCGACAAUCCAGAAACGAAACUCUUUUUAAACUGCUUUUUGGAAACUGUGAUGUUUGCCGACUUUCUGGAGCAUUGGAAUAGCUCGAAACAGACGCCGAAAUCAUCAGCAUCUGCUGGCAGCUUCGAUUACACGCUGUUUAAUUCGAAAAUUGCAGAAAAAUCACAAACCAAAUACUGGCAUUCGGCUACGUUUGACGAAGUGGUAGCUAAUUCGAAACAUAUCGAACGAAAGGGAAAAACAUUCAUGUCCAAAGUUAAGGGUCUGAUGAAAAAAUCAUGA